AUGACUAUUAAAGAUUUUUUUAUAAAACUUACAACUAGAGAACUAUCCUCCAAGUAUAAUAUUGAUAUUAUUAAUUUGGAAGCAAUAGAGCGUAUUGAAAUAAGCAAGACCCAGAAUGCAGCUAUAAUUAAA